AUGGACAAUGCAAAGAAAGUCAACACGGCAUUGAUUGCCGAAUUGAGGCAAAGAGCGAUUACUGACAUUUACAUAUGUGGUCUGGCUUACGACUUCUGCGUGGGCCUUACGGCAAUGGACGCCCAAAAUUUCGGGUACCGGACGAUGGUGAUUGAGGACGCCACUAGGGGCGUGUGCCAUAAGAAGAUGGGAGAUACAAAACAGGGAUUGCUCGAUGCUGGGUGUGUAGUUGGCGAUACAUCAGAGGUCGCAGCCAUGUUGUCCAAGCGGACGAGGCACCCUCGAUGGGGUAUGGUAGCGGCGCGUAGCGUGGCCAAAGCACGGACGCUAACAAAGGGGCAACCCGAUACCGUCAAGUUGAAGGAGAUACCAUAUUCUGACAUGAGGUCGUCGAUCACAACCAGGUUUCUCUUCGUUCUGUCCAAGGAGGAGAGAAGGUCGUCGGGAUAUCCCUCCACAAAACGAAUGUCGGGGACGGUGCUGGACAACCGAUCAUAA